AUGAGGUACGAUGGAACUCAAGACCCUCUAGAACACCUCACGGCCUUUGAAGCGAGGAUGAAUCUAGAGGGAGUAGGGGACGAGGUGAGGUGCCGAGCUUUCCCGGUAACCCUCGCGGGACCCGCGAUCAGAUGGUUCAACGGCUUACCGCAGGGAUCCAUCCACGAGUUCUCGGACAUCAGUCGUGCAUUCCUCGCCCAAUUUACAACACGAAUAGCAAAGGCAAAGCACCCGAUCAACCUUCUGGGGGUAACCCAGAGACAGGGAGAGUCGACCAGAAAAUACCUAGAUCGGUUCAACGACGAGUGCUUGGAAAUCGACGGCCUAACCGAUUCAGUGGCCAGCCUUUGUCUGACGAACGACCUCCUCAACGAAAACUUUCGAAAACACCUUACCACGAAACCAGUUUGGACGAUGCACGAGAUCCAGACGGUAGCCAAAGAGUAA